CACCAGUGUCCUACCUGAUCACAAGGAACCAAGAGCAGAUGUUGGGCGAAGCUUCCUGGGCUGUGCAACUUUUAGAGUAGGAGAUCUGGURAAGUCAAAGGAGCAGCAGUUGACCCUUACCCUCAGGACUUCUGAUGGUGGAAAGACAGUUGGUACCAUUGAAGUCAAUCUUGUGAAGAUGGGAGAGCUAGAGGAGGGGGAAACAGACCACAUCACAGCAGACACCCAGGAUCAAAAGUGUGCAUUGGUUCUUGAGUGUACAGCCACUGAAGGCAUAAGUGGGAAAGACAACCUGCCUUCCUUAAAUGCAGUGUUAAGAAAUCCAGUCUGUAAAUUAUACAGAUUCCCUACUUCUGACAACAAGUGGAUGMGGAUCCGGGAACAGAUGGCUGAGACCACCCUCUCUUUCCAUGUUCCUAAAGAACUAAUAAAUCUGCACAUAAAGGAGGAUAUGAGAAGGAAUCAGGAACUUAAAGACCUGGGAGAACUUGCUCCUCACUGGGACAACAUGCGCAAAAGUGUGAUUGCUCACUGUGAUCAGAUGYUGAGUGUGUACCAGGACACUCUCUCAGAGCUUGGGAAGCACACAGGUUCUUCCUUCAAGUCAAGCUGUAGCAAAGGAGAAAAAACACUAGAAUUCAUCCCAAUAAAUCUUCAUCUGCAAAGAAUGCACGUGCAUAGUCCUCGAUUGAAAGAUGCCCUGUAUGAUGUCAUCACCGUGGGAGCCCCRGCAGCGCAUUUCCAAGGAUUUAAGAAUGGUGGUCUCCGGAAACUUCUGAGUAAAUUUGAGGCAGAAAGGCGAAAUACUGGGUACCAGUGUAUUUACUAUUCACCUGAAAACACAGCCAAGGCAAAGGAAGUUCUCAGCAACAUCAAUCAUCUGCAGCCUCUCAUAUCAAGCCAUGCAGACCUGCUGCUCAGCUCUGCAAGCCAACGCUCUCCAGACAGCUUGAAGAAUUCUUUAAAGAUGCUUUCAGAAAAAACGGAGCUGUUUGUGCACGCGUUCAAGGAUCAGCUGGUCAGAAGUGCCCUUCUAGCACUGUACACUGCCCGACCUGGCUGCGUGCUCAAGAAGCCAGCGGUGCCCAGGAGCAGUGCUGAGGAAGGGGACAAUGCCCAGCAGCAGGACCAUCCCUCUCAGAUCAAGAGGCAGGACUCUAUACCCCACCACUCUGAGUACGACGAGGAAGAGUGGGACAGGGUGUGGGCUAAUGUGGCAAAAAGUUUGAACUGCCUUAUUGCCAUGGUGGACAGACUGCUGGAAAAAGACACCAUCAGCAACACUAAAGAGGGUGAAAAYGAGCCUUCAGCAGCAGAUUGCAAGGUGGUGCAUACAGGUGGUGACUGGUAUGAGCAGCUCUACCCGCUGGUGAUCACGCUCAAGGACUGCAUGGGAGAGGUGGUGACCAGGGCCAAGCAAUCCAUGGCCUUUGUCCUGCUCCAGGAACUUGCCUGUGGCUUGCCCCAGUGUUUGAUGCUGACCCUAAGGAGAGACAUCGUCUUUAGCCAAGCACUCACUGGAUUGGUCUGUGGGUUCAUAAUCAAAUUGCACACAGGUUUACAUGAUCAAGGAUUUUUACAACAGCUUCAUACUGUUGGAUUGCUCGUGCAAUAYGAAGGACUCCUUAGUACAUAUAGUGAAGAAGCAGGAAUGCUGGAAGACAUGGCCGUGGGCAUUUCAGAUCUGCAGAAAGUAAUGUUUAAAGUCAUCGAAGCCAAAUCAGAAGAUUUUUUGCCCAUUAUAACUGGGAGGCGUGAGCAUUACAUUAUAGAGGUGCAGCUUCCAGCAAAGAUGUUUGAGCUCCUGCCACAAGAGAUUAAAGAAGGGAAGCUGCUCCACAUGUACCCGGUGCUCUUUAAUGUUGGAAUCAAUGAACAGCAAACAUUGGCAGAGAGGUUUGGAGAUACCACUUUGCAGGAAAACAUUAACCAGGAAAACUUAGAACUUCUCAAAGAAUAUUACAAGUUAUUUACGGAAAAAAUGCCACCUGAUUGUCUACCACAUUUUCAAGAACAAAAUGAUUUAAAGGGAUUGCUAGAAAAUCUUCAUCAAAAUAUCCAGGCCAAAAAGAGAAAGAAUGUAGAAAUCAUGUGGCUGGCUGCGACGAUUUGCCGGAAGCUGAACGGAGUGCGCUUCACCUGCUGCAAAAGUGCCAAAGACAGGACAUCCAUGUCAGUGACACUGGAGCAGUGCUCCAUCCUGAGGGACGAGCACCAGCUGCACAAGGAUUUCUUCAUCCGGGCACUGGAUUGCAUGAGAAGCAGACAAACCCAGGGAGCACUGAAUGAAUCGGAUGAUCCUGAAACAGGCUGUCUAACUGAUAACAAGCCAACUUCUCGACACUUCUAUCCUGUCGCCUUGCUGCUUGUCAGCUCACACUUGCUGGUUGUGUGGCUUAUUUUAAGUCUUGCUUUGCUAUUAGCCAAAUAUCAAUAAACUUCACUUGUGUUCCUUUCUUUUCUACAAACAGCAACAAACUAACUUUAGAAAAAAAGGAAUUAUGUUGUAAUAUUUCUACAAUCUCAGACCCCAAGGAUUCAUCUUUAAGAUACCAAUGUCUGAAAUGUACUGUGUUUUCAUUCUUUUUUUCUGAACUCUGAGAAGUAUACUAUGCAUUGAGUGAAUUGAUUUGCUCUUUCUGUUCAUGGUAAAGCUUUCCCACUGUAAUUAGCGCAAAGAAAGCCCACUUACAAUGCUGUCACUGUAUAGAAGGUGUGGAAUCCUGAAUGCUUGAACCCCCCUUUCCAGAGUAAUUAGUCUGACAAAAAAUAUAUUAAAAUGAAUUUGCACAACACAAACUAACCCCUAGACAAAUACGGCAGGGUGAUGGUUUGUGAGAYUUAACUUUCAUUGUGUUUUUUUUCUUGUUAUUAGCUGAUGGGAUUUUUUCGUUUAAUAAAUGAUUAUUACUUUGCUACAACUAACCCUUUUCUGUAGAGUAACUAAAUGGAAUAGAAUAAGUUCUGUUUUGUAAUGAAACUAACCUGUUUGUAAUUGUUGCUUUAGUUGCUUUUGCUUUCAAGACACUUUUAUAUUCUUUUUAAAAAAGUCCUGUUUAUGUCUUGACGCACCACUUUGGCACUUGUGACUUUUGUACUGUAUGUGAAUGAACAUCCUUCCUUUAUAAAGCAGAGAGGUGGAUUGGGCUGUUUGAAAAGCCAUUCUCUCCUUUUUUUCAUUGCAAAGCUGAACAUACAAGAAAUGAAGCAGAGAUUAAACUUUCUUUCACAAAUCUCUAGGGCCAGACUUAAUAAAAUGCCUUAUUCCUAGAAUGCGCAUUUUAGGGCAAUGUAUACUCGCACAUAUAUAGUAAACAAAUUGAAAAAAAAAAGGUAUGAAAAGGUUUAAAAGGCAAAUAUAUUUCUGGAAUUAGAACAAAAUGUAUCAUUAAAGUAUUUAAUUUUUUUUUACGGAACUUUAAACCUCAAGGGCAGAUAUAUUAGGGGGGAUGGAAAAUCUUAUCUAUUUCUGAGGGCAAUAACUGUACUGGGCCUGGCCUUGGAUUUAAUUUUGUAAGAUGUAUCAUCACUCGUGGAAAACAAAAAUGUAGAGUUGAAUCUUUGUUAUUUUUACUUCAACUGUUGCUGAAACUCUGCAAUGAACAAAUAAAGCAUAUUUAUUUAUU